AGGUUGCGUGUAUAUAAACUGGUCCGAAAAUUUCACUUUUCAGUUCCACUUUAUAGUUCCAAAAGCGACGACACCAUGGCGGUCUGUCAUCAUCGUCUUCUCUUGUUGCUGCUCUUUAGCUGCCUGUCUCUUCGCGCCAUCGGCAGCCGAGUCAACAUAACCAACAACGGCUAUCGGGAUAUUGUCAUAGCAAUUUCACCUGAUGUUCCCUCAGAUCAAGCUGAUGAUUUAUUGGAUAACAUCAAGUUGUUAAUCACUGAAGCUUCAGCUGAUUUGUACGAAGCAACUCGGAAUCGAUCCUACAUUGAAUCAGUGAAUAUUCUGAUCCCUCAGACGUGGGAAAACGUCAUAGCCAACGCCAGUACAUGGGAAAAUUUGCAAAAUGCGGACAUUCAAAUCGACCUUCCGAACUGGAAAUAUGGAGAAAGACCAUACACCGUGCAAUUGGGCGGAUGUGGCGAUCCUGGCGAAUACAUUCACUUGACGCCCAAUUAUGUCAAGAAUUUCGAUUCGGAAUUCAACUUGUUUCAGUUUGGGCCAGCAGGCAAGGUUAUCGUGAGAGAAUGGGCUCGACUGCGUUACGGAGUGUUUGAGGAGCACGGCUACACGGGCGAUGAGUCAGCCUUCCCAAUGUUCUACCGGUCAGCAUCUGCCGGGCAACAAACGGCCGAUUUGGUGCCUAAUGUUUGCUCUGAUGAGCCCGUUGACUUUACUUUUGAUUACGGCUGUCAUGUCGAUCCGCAAACGGGCCUCUACGACUCAAAUUGCACCUACAGUUUCACAGACCAGUUCAGACCAGGAUCGUCCAUCAUGUCUGAUUACAGGAUGCUCAAAUCGGCCAUGCAUUUUUGUGACGAUGAGGAAUCCAGUCUUCACAAACACAAUCGAGAAGCACCCAAUCAGCAUAACGCAGUUUGCGACACGCAAAGUGUCUGGUCGGUGAUUACACGUCACAUCGAUUUUGUCGAAAACAACAAUUUGCCAGCCACCAUCGCUGAUUUGAAGCCAACAUUUAAUGUCGUCCGAGUUUUGAACGGAGCUCGUUACGUUCUCGUUACUGACGUGUCGGGCAGCAUGGUCGAUUAUAAUCGUAUUGGAAGGUUGUACGAUUCGGCUCGACGUUGGAUUCAGUAUGACAUUCCCGAAGGAACUUCGUUAGGGAUCGUCAAGUUCCAUUCGUAUGCGACGGUGCUAAGUAACAUGACUGUCGUAAACGAUGAAACGCGGCAACAACUGAUGGACAAAGUUCCCAACAAAACAGAGGAUAAUACGUGUAUCGGCUGCGGACUCCAAAUGGCGAUUGACAUUUUGCACCCUGGUGGUAAUGGAGGCGUCAUCGUGUUGGUGACUGACGGCCUGGAGAAUGAAUAUCCGUUCAUAAGAGAUGUAACUCCCGAACUGAUUGACGCAAAAAUCCAAGUUGUUUCUAUUGCUUUUGGACGCGACGCUGAAAAUGAAAUCGAAAAUUUGGCGACCAAAACCAACGGGAAAAGUUAUUUUAUCAACGACAACGGCAACAACGACGAACUAAACGACGCAUUUACAGGAUCAUUAACUUAUCUACCGGCAGUUCCAUCGGAGAACUUGACUGUCUUGUUGUUCCAGAAAAAAUACCAAAAAGGCAAUCAAUUCGAAGAUUCCGUCAUUGUCGACUUUACCGUCGGCCGAAAUCUCACCUUCCGCACGGAAUAUACAAACAGAAAUUACUUGCAGAACUUCACUGUCAAGUCACCAAGUGGCCAGGUGUACAACACGCUCAUUUUUGACAAUGCUGCCAAGCUGGCUUACAUCGUGAUUCCUGGCAUUGCCGAAGAAGGUCCGUGGACUUUCUUCUUGACCGUCGGUUCCAGUACGACAGACUACGUCAAUGUUAUCGUCACGUCAAAAUCGAGAUCCAGCUCAACGGUCCCAAUCACCGUGGAAUGUUCGGUCCCUAGUGGAACAGUCGUCGUGGAUGCUGCCAUCGCACCUGUCCGGCUAGUGGCUGUCGUCCAACAAGGACGAAAUCGCGUCAUCGGUGCCAACGUUCAGGCCUACGUGGAGAGACCUGACACUGCUAUUCAAGUGAUUGAUUUGGUGGAUACUGGGGUUGGAGCCGACACAUCCAAGAGCGACGGAAUUUAUUCCCGCUACUACAUAGAUCUUUCGAACGCAGGGCGUUACACUUUGGUGUGUGUCGUCAAUAGCACGGAGUCGUCCUACAUCGACGAUGGCAUGGGUCAGUUACAACGUACUACAAUGGGAGAUUUCGAUCGAGUUCAAUCCGGUGGCACGUUCAGGGUGGAAAAGCCUUUAACGCCAUCCUAUUCUUAUCCACCAAGUCGUGUGACGGAUUUAAAAGUCGUUGCUACGGAGGUCGACAGUACGUCGCUGACAAUCGAGUGGACGGCACCUGGACAAGAACUCGAUAACGGAACCGCAACUGAGUAUCAGAUAAAAUAUUCUGAUGUAUUCGACAACCUGUUGGACAACAAUUUCAAUUCCGACUUGCCGGUGCAAUUCGGACAGGGGGACGUCCUCGACGGCAGUCUGCAACCUCUCGAGUCGGGUAGCAAACAGCGCGUGUCUCUUGCUCUUCCAAAGAAGUCUGAGAACGUGACGUACUUCAUCGCUCUGAGAGCCAUCAACAAUAGGAACGUGGCGAGCAACACUUCCAACGUCGUAUCCGUCAAAAUAGUUUUUGUUCAACAGCCGGAAACACAACCACCAACAACGAGACCAACCGUAACCCCAAUCAUGUCCUCUACGACAAAAUCGAAUUCAUCAACAUCCACUUGGUCUCCUCAGACAACAACCAUAGCUGGAAGCAACAGCGGACUAACGAGUUCCAAUGACCUGCUUAUCUUACUUAUGACCUGCUUAUCUGUUCUUUCGAUAUCGAAAGUCCAUUCGGUCGUAUCGAGUUGGAUCAAUCGUGACUGAGCUAUUGAAUUUGCCAACGAAAUAUUAACGAAUUUUAUAAUUUAGUGGCUUAUGAGAAAAUGGAUAUUAUUAGAGAAACAAAUCAUUUUUCAAUAGCGCUUGAUGCCUUAUUAUUAGUCUUCCGAAUACAAUCCAUGCCAAAAAAUGUCUCGCACCUGUUUAGCUAAGUUAAGCAGAGCAAUAAAUUCAAACGAAACAUUAAUA